UGGCUCGUAGACCUGAGGCUCUGCAUCCACCUCGCCCUGCUGGUGCCUUGUUCCUCCUUAUGGUGUAGCUGGUGACGUCCUUGAGAAGAGAGAAGAUGAUGAGUGAUGCAAGUGACAUGUUGGCCGCCGCGCUGGAGCAGAUGGACGGCAUUAUAGCAGGAUCCAAGGCACUGGAGUACUCCAACGGGAUAUUCGACUGCCAGUCCCCCACAUCGCCCUUCAUGGGGGGCCUGCGAGCGCUGCACCUGGUCGAGGACCUGCGGGGCCUGCUGGAGAUGAUGGAGGCGGAUGAAAGAGAAGGGCUGCGAUGCCAGGUGCCGGACUCCACGGCAGAGGCUCUCGUCGAGUGGCUCCAGUGUCAAAUGACUAAUGGACACAUAUCUGCUAAUGGAGAUGUGUAUCAAGAAAGGCUGGCACGUUUGGAAAAUGAUAAGGAAUCUCUUGUUCUGCAAGUGAGUGUGCUUACAGACCAGGUAGAGGCCCAAGGAGAGAAGAUUCGGGAUUUGGAGUUCUGUCUAGAGGAGCACAGGGAGAAGCUGAAUGCCACGGAGGAGAUGCUGCAGCAGGAGCUUUUGAGCAGAACGUCCCUCGAAACUCAGAAACUGGAUCUUAUGGCAGAGAUUUCCAAUCUGAAGUUGAAGCUUACAUCUGUAGAGAAGGACAGAUUGGACUAUGAGGAUAGAUUCAGGGACACAGAGGAUUUGAUCCAGGAAAUAAAUGAGCUGCGAUUAAGGGUGGGAGAAAUGGACAAUGAAAGGCUCCAAUACGAGAAAAAACUCAAAACUACCAAAGAUGAACUGGCAGCUUUGAAAGAGAAACUGGAGCAGAAGGAAGCCGAGGUAAAAAGGUUGCAAGAGAAGUUGGUUUGCAAAAUGAAAGGAGAAGGGAUUGAGAUCCUGGACAGAGAUGAAAAUUGUAAAAAGAAGCUCAAAGAUAAAAAUAUAGAGGUACAGAAAAUGAAGAAGGCGGUUGAAUCUCUAAUGGCAGCAAAUGAAGAAAAGGUAGCAAAAUCUCUCUCUUCUUUUUCNNNNGUUCAAGACAUGGUGAUACUGGCUCAAGGUAAAAAAGGCAAGGAAGGGGAUGGCGAAGAGUUCCUGAAUUCAGGAUCUGUUUUUUUGGACACACCAAGUCUCACUGAUCCAGAGAAAAGUCCAUCCCCAACCCCAGCAACAGUGUCUCCAAGCCAUGAUGAGUUUAACAUGAAUCUUCACGAAGAGAAUUCCUUACAGAUCCACACCAGUAUUUUACAGGUUUCGAUCCCCUCUUUUUCACCAACAUCUAAGAGCCCUGAAACCAUUGCAGAUAAAGUAAAAGCACAGCCUAGACCAGAAGCUGCAAAUGAAAUGAGUGAACUGAGAUCAACCGGUUCCUCCCCCGAAACUCACCUGAGUGACAGCCCAGUGAGCUCCUCCCUGCACAAGUCCAGCAGCCUGAGCAGCCUGAAGAAGGAGGCAUCGGAAGCGGACAAGGACCCAGCGCAGAAGCCAGCGGAGGUCAAACCUCCUGUGGAAGGGAGCAAAUUUGGGACCCUGCCUCCAAAGUCCCCUUCCCAUGGUGGCGCAGGAGAUGAGGACAGUUUUGGUACCCGCAAGGCCAGGUCUUCCUUUGGGAGAGGCUUUUUCAAGAUAAAGAAUAACAAGAGGACAGCAAGCGCGCCCAACCUGGCUGAAACAGAGAAGGGAUCUGCAGAUCACUUGGAUCUGGCUGGUUUGCCCCCUCGACCGAAGGAAACGGAGAGCUUGCAGAUGACACCACCUUCCCCGGAUUCCAAGAAAAAGGCCCGAGGGAUCAAGAAGUUAUUUGGGAAGCUUAAAAGGAGCCAGUCUACCACCUUCAACCCAGACGACAUGUCCGAGACGGAGUUCAAACGAGGAGGAACAAGAGCAACCGCGGGGCCCCGGCUGGGCUGGUCGCGAGACCUGGGGCAGUCCCACAAUGAGCUGGACAUGCCAUUUGCCAAGUGGACAAAGGAGCAGGUUUGCAACUGGCUCCAGGACCAAGGAUUAGGGUCUUACAUGAGCAAUGGCAAACACUGGAUACUGUCUGGGCAAACGCUUCUGCAGGCUUCUCAGCAGGAUCUGGAAAAGGAGCUUGGGAUAAAGCACCCGUUGCAUCGGAAGAAGCUUCAGCUUGCUCUGCAGGCACUGGGCUCUGAAGAGGAAAACAACCAUGGAAAACUGGAUUACCACUGGGUCACCAGGUGGCUGGAUGACAUUGGACUCCCCCAGUAUAAGACUCAGUUUGACGAGGGGAAGGUGGACGGCCGGAUGCUCCACUACAUGAGCGUGGACGACUUGCUGUCCUUGAAAGUUGUCAGCGUCCUGCACCACCUUAGCAUCAAAAGGGCCAUUCAGGUUCUGCGAAUAAAUAACUUUGAACCCAACUGCCUGCGCCGGAGGCCGUCUGAUGAGAACAACAUCAGCCCCUCGGAGGUGACGCAGUGGACGAAUCACCGCGUGAUGGAGUGGCUGCGCUCCGUGGACCUGGCCGAGUACGCGCCCAACCUGCGCGGCAGCGGCGUGCACGGCGGCCUCAUGGUGUUAGAGCCUCGUUUCAACGUUGAAACCAUGGCCCAGCUGCUGAACAUCCCACCAAACAAGACGCUGCUGAGACGGCACCUGGCCACUCACUUCAACCUCCUCAUCGGUCAGGAGGCUCAGCAGCAGAAGCGCGAGGCCAUGGAGGCCCCCGACUACGUCCUCCUAACAGCAACGGCCAAAGUGAAGCCAAAGAAACUUGCCUUCAGCAAUUUUGGGAGUUUGAGGAAGAAGAAGCAGGAUGAUGUGGAAGAGUAUGUGUGUCCUAUGGAACUGGGCCGGGUGCCUGGAGGGGGCUCAAAGAAAGGUUUUAAGCCAGGCCUGGAUAUCCGAGUAUACGACGAUGACGAUUUGGACAGGCUGGAACAGAUGGAAGAUUCAGAAGGGACAGUGAGGCAGAUAGGAGCGUUUUCGGAAGGCAUCAACAACUUGACACACAUGUUAAAAGAAGAUGAAAUGUUCAAGGACUUUGCCACUCGCUCCCCAAGCACCAGUAUAACAGACGAGGACUCCAAUGUGUGACAGGAACCAGCGGGCGCUGCGAACGUCUCACUUUCCUCUGCGCGAGAAA